UAGCGGGUUUGUUGCAAUCGUCCCAAAUUGCACCGGAGCUCGCUUUUUUAAAUUUAAUUUAUUUGGGAUUCUCCAGUGAAAGCGUUUGCGCCAGCGACUAUACGUGACGUCAAAACCAUUAUGACGUUCGAGGUGACUUCGGCAUUGCUUGCUUUACGUUUAUAGAAAUAGUUUUUAAUGUAGUCUACGUGCUUUAUCUGUUUCGUUGUACAUCGUUUCUGGGAUCAUUUGACUGCGCUAACGCCCGGUCUCUUGCCUUGAAUGAACAGCCACAAACCAGUUGGCGAUAGGGCUAGCAGCUGUAUCUUUUGAUUAUCAUUGCAAUACUACAGCUAACUGGCAAUAUUGUGCAAUGAUGACAACCGCAUCACUCAACUACCCACUCGUCUGAUCUAUUCUUUGCGGUUUUAAACCCAACGAGUCAUUGGAAUGGUUUGUGUCUUCAUCUGAGUAGAUAGACAUAAGAAUAGCAACACAACUUGGAAACAGUUAACUACUUUCGUUAGUUAGAAACGUUGUUGUUCAUGGUCAACUCGCCUACACAGUAAUAGCUUGUGUGAUGUUUUUUUUCUCCAUUAGCAUUCGUUUUGACAAGUAAUUGUCGGUCUCGUAUUAUCGCAAUCUUUCAAGUCCUCUGCCUGCUUUUGGAAUAUUUUAAUUUGUUAUUUCUAGUUGCAAGGACACAACCUCAAGGCAUUCCAGUUUUAUCCAAUUGUCACCAGCUAGAUAAUAUUUAUUACUGAUAACGUUAGUUGUCAUCAACCAAAACUGCUGAUCUGUUUGCAUUCAGCUAUAUAAAUACGUUCACUGUGUUUUCGCUGCACAACGUCAUUUGAUGCGUUAAUACAGCGUUUCCCAAACUCGGUGUACGUUUUAUUUAUUUACUUAACACUACACAGCUGAUUCAAAUGAUCAAAGCUAGAUGAUUCGUUGAUUAUUUCAAUCAGCUGUGUGGCAAGAACCAAAACGUGCACCGAGUUUGGGAAACGUUACCUUAACGUUGUACUAUUAUUCGUAAUGCUUGGCAGGUGCAAUCCACCAAACGAGCGGACCCGAACGAGCUGAAGGUUAUUUUUCAGAAGCAUGCCAGUGUUGUGGAUGCAGAUGGCGAGAAGUUGAUGACCCCAGGGGACUUUGUGCAGAAGUACCUGGGCCUGCACACACAGAUCCACCACAACCCCAAAACUGUCCAGCUCAUCGCCGGUGUAGCCGACACAACCAAGGACGGGCUGAUCUCAUUCCAGGAGUUCUUGGCAUUUGAGUCAGCGCUGUGUGUUCCGGACGCUCUCUUUAUCGUAGUCUUCCAGUUGUUUAACAAGACCGGCACUGGAGACAUCUCCUUUGAGAAUGUGCGGGACAUCUUCAGCCAGACCACUGUGCACCACCACAUCCCCUUUAACUGGGACUGUGAGUUCAUCUGCCUGCACUUUGGACACGACCGCAAGAAAUGCCUCGGCUACCUGGAGUUCACCCAGUUUCUACAGGAGUUGCAGUUGGAGCAUGCGCGCCAGGCCUUUGCCCAGAAGGACAAGAACAAGAGCGGCACCAUCUCUGCCAUGGACUUCAGUGACAUCAUGGCCACAAUCCGACACCACAUGCUUACAGUGUUUGUGGAGGAAAACCUGGUUUCGGCUGCGGGGGGCAGCACCUCUCACAUGGUCAGCUUCUCCUACUUCAACGCCUUCAACGCUCUGCUCAACAACAUGGAGCUGAUCCGCAAGAUCUAUAGCACGCUGGCCGGGACCCGCAAGGACACACAGGUCACUCAAGAGGAGUUUGCCCAUGCUGCGAACAAGUUUGGCCAGGUCUCUCCCAUGGAGAUUGACAUCCUGUACCAGCUAUCAGGCCUACACUCCCACUCUGGGCGCCUGAACUUUGCUGACAUUGAGAGGAUAGCCCCGCUGGAGGAGGGAGUGCUGCCCUAUCACCUGGCCGAGUUACAGAAACGGCAGAGCCAGGGUGAUGGUUCCAGGUCCGUACUGCUGCAGGCCGCAGAGUCGGCCUACCGGUUCAGCUUGGGCUCAUUUGCUGGAGCUAUGGGAGCUACGGCAGUGUAUCCGAUAGACUUGGUGAAGACCAGGAUGCAGAACCAGAGGAGUACAGGCUCGUUCGUAGGAGAACGGAUGUACAAGAACAGCUUUGACUGUGCCAAGAAGGUGCUGCGCUACGAAGGAUUCUUUGGAUUCUACAGAGGUCUUCUUCCCCAGCUCAUAGGCGUGGCUCCAGAGAAGGCAAUCAAACUUACGAUGAAUGACUUUGUGAGAGAUAAGUUCACUGGUAAAGACGACACCAUUCCCUUCGCUGCUGAGGUGCUGGCCGGAGCCUGUGCAGGGGGUUCCCAAGUGGUCUUUACGAACCCGCUGGAGAUUGUCAAGAUCAGACUGCAGGUGGCAGGAGAGAUCACGACAGGACCCAGAAUUGGCGCCCUCAGUGUCAUCCGAGACCUUGGCUUGUUUGGCCUCUACAAGGGUGCUAAAGCAUGUUUAUUGCGAGACAUCCCGUUCUCAGCCAUCUUCUUCCCAGUGUAUGCCCACACCAAGGCUCAGUUUGCCGACGAGCAGGGUAGACUAGGCCCGUUACAGCUGCUAGCUUCUGGAGCCAUCGGAGGCAUCCCUGCUGCCUCCCUGGUGACACCUGCUGAUGUCAUCAAGACACGCCUGCAGGUAGCAGCGAGGGCGGGACAUACCACCUACACUGGAGUCAUGGACUGUUUCAGGAAAAUCACACAGGAGGAGGGAUUCGGAGCACUGUGGAAGGGAGCUGGAGCUCGUAUAUGUCGAUCCUCUCCUCAGUUUGGAGUAACUCUGGUGACCUAUGAGCUUCUACAGAGGUGGUUAUAUGUGGACUUCGGAGGACAUCGUCCGGCGGGGUCUGAGCCCACUCCUAAAUCUCGUGUCUCUGAGCUUCCUCCGGUCAGUGCUGACCACGUGGGAGGUUACCGUCUGGCUGCAGCCACCUUCGCUGGUGUGGAGAACAAGUUUGGCCUCCACCUGCCCAAGUUCAAGUCCUCUGGAGUGCUCUCCAUUCACCCUGACCCCGUUGACCCCUCUUCUACCCCCCUUCAAGAGGAGGCUGCCGCCCCCCUAAAAACUAGCCUCUAACUGCCUGCCACCACCACUCCACUAAGGGCUAUGCACGUAGACAGACAUGCAUACUGAUCAACACACACAUUUUGAGGGGCCAUGUACACCGAUAUGCACACACGUACAGUCCUAGGGGCCAUGUGCACAGCUAUAAACACCAACACCCCAGGGUCUACUCUAGUGCUCUAACCCUGGUUCUGGAGACAUGACUGUAGGUCCAUUGUUGAAGCAGGCAUCAACCUGAACACUACUGUUGGAUCUCCAGUGGCUCUCAUUUUCUUUCCAUUCUGCUUUUCAUAUGAAAUCAGUGGUUUGAAAGGAGCCUUCUCUCUCUCUCUCUCUAUUCCUUUGCGCUCUCGCUCCCAUUCCUCUCCAUCUCUCUGGUGGCUCCUCUUAUGAAUAACUGAUUAUAAUUAUUUGGGGGGCUACUAUGAUUGGACAGUGUGUGGGAGAUAUUUGAUUGGACGGCAUGUGUAAGCCUUUAUUCUGAGUGGGCCUUGCACAGGAAGUUGCUGUACAGAGACGUGACACAGCUGCAAAGGAACAUUACUGAUGUUAGAGCAAUAUUAAUGUAACAUUGGAGAACAAUGUUAUGGUAAUGUUAGCGCAACGUUUCGGGUACAGAAAUGUUGCGGUAAUGUUAAAAAGCAACGUGACUCAUGUUGGAGUUACGUUAGAUUGACGUUGGGCCUUCGUCUCUUGAGAAUCACUCUUACUGAUCUACAGACCUUUUCAAACUGUUUUGAGGAGAAUCAUCGGCAAAGGAUUAGGUAACUUAAAUUCAUUCUGUGUAUUUUAUUGAAAUAAACAAUGAUUUAAUUUUCACACCUGAAAAUAUUUUAUAUCAAGGAGAAUGAACAGCAAAAAUGGCCAAGCUAAAGCUAACCAAUAGUUUUGGUGGAAAACUAGAUAAAAUGUAAUUAGAUACACAACAUAUCUAUACAGAGUUUGGUAAACUCCAAAGAAUUAUAAUGGACAAUGUUGUGACAAGUCUUGUUGGAAUACUAACUAGAAUUCGGUACCCAACGUGGAGGAUAGUUUCAGAAGGCACUGUACAUGGAGUUUGGCAAAGUGUUCAGACCCCUUAUGUUAUAGCCUUAUUCUAAAAUUGUUAAAUAGUUCCCCCCCCCCCCCCC